UUUAGGGUGGCCUUCGGUCGGACGACGUCAAUGUUUAAUAUUUGUGUCCUCAUUAAAUCGAAUGCUAAGUCUCCAGGUGUUUUGCAAUUCUGUGAUCGAAAUCUCGGAGGCGCACAUCAAGGGUGGCGAAGGCGGUGGCGAAGGAGAAGGCGGAGACGGAGCCAGAAGAAGACGAGGUGAUCGUAAACUCCUUCGACGCCCGGCCGUACCACCCGCUGCUGCCGGCGGCCAGCGCCCAGGACCUGUACGGGGGCCGGGGCGUCGCGCUGGAGCUCAUGGAGCGCGUGCUCGAGUACGGGGAGGAAGCCGUGGGGAGUCGCUUCCAGCUGCUCGUCCAGGUGGCGCCGGAGGCAUCGGUCGAGUCCUCGUCCACAGAGACGGACGAGGUCUCCGAGCCGUCGACGCCCUCCGCCCGGUCGGAACCCGACCUGCAGAAGCCGGCGUACCCCGCGACGGAGGGCAUGCCCGAGGGCAUCAACGUCAAGGUGUACCCGCUGACCGCCAAGGGCCUGGUGGAGUCCUUCCUCGACAAGUGUCCGCCGGGCGUGACAGCGGCCCUCACAAGCCACCUUCUGGCCACUCACCACCAGCCAGCAGUUCGACAGACAACCACAACUCCCGCGCCAGAGCUCAACCUGGCAGCAGUCCACGAUAAUGAGACAUUUAUCAAAUCUAUUAAUUUAAUGUGAUUAGUUAAUUUGUAACUGAAUUUCACAACAAAAUUUUUGUGCUUUACGUUUAACAACUUAUUUUUGUUUCAUUCAAUAAAAAUGAUAAACAAUUUUUUUUAAACUUUAGGUGUUUAGUAUUGAAAAAAAAAAAAAAAAUUUAUAUAGGUACAUGCUAUCUAGUAAAAUAAAUCACCAUUUGAAAUACUUGCAUACACAUUUUCACAGAGCAAAAAAAAAAAUCUGAAGCAAAGGACCGCAACAGGCACUGCUGUGAUUUGGCCAACACAUGUAAGCAGUGCGUGCCACACGUCUGCAGUGACAUCGACAGACAUCAACAAACACACUGACACACAUAAUAACAUUAAAGCCCAUAUUAAAAGUAAAAACUACAAUAAAUC